AUUGGUUCUGCUUUUGAGAUCAAAUACCAACAGGGAAUGCUUGAAUUCGUAAAAAACUGAGAAUGGCAGAGAAGGAAUGAGAGCGAGAGAGAGCGGAGGAUAAAUGGAGCACCCAGCAGCCAAUGAGAGGCUGUGAUGGGACCGACACUGACACCUAGAGCAAAGCAGACCAGAGAUUUCUGACAUGGUGUCGACCCAGAUUGAUGAGAGGAAACUGAGGGAAGAGAGGACAGACAUAGACAGACUUGCGCCGCUGCUUCAGAAAACACAGAAUGUAUACCGAGGACAUUCAUCCUCUGAUGUGCCCACAAGAUAUUUUUUAAGGUGUUCUGCUGUAAAUAAGGUGUGUGAACCCAGUGUGCAGGACUAAUCUUAGAGCCGGGGGAGGGGAGCGAUUCUCCACAUACAUACAAACCCCCUUCUGCCAAUCAGAGAGAAAGACAGAGAGGGAGAAGGAGAGCAAGUGAAGGAACAGGGGAGACGGCAGAGAGACUGAAAAGAGGAAACAGCUCUAGCAGUUAUCUUGGGUGGACAGAGAGGAAGAAUUACACACAAAUACACACUGUCCAGCCACACGUUACAAGACGCUCCAGCCAGCGGAGGCGGAUAACCAGCCAGACGCCUCAUAUCUGCAGCUCCAGACCAAGAGGAUUCCUCUCUAAUUCUAUCCCGACUUCAUCCUAAGCUGGACCGCAAGCUUUAAGAGGAGAGACAGAAGAAGAGGGAAGUGCUUUGUAACUUCCUUGAAGGGGGUGAGAGUGUAAAGAGAGACAGAGAGAGAGAGCAGGGGAAAACUCCCCCUCGCCCUCUCUCGACCCAGAUCACCGUCAGGCUGGCUGGCACAGCCAUGGCUUUCACCUUUGCGGCCUUUUGCUACAUGUUAACACUCGUGUUGUGCGCUGCCCUCAUCUUCUUCGUCAUCUGGCAGAUUAUUGCUUUUGAUGAGCUGCGCACAGACUUCAAAAAUCCCAUCGAUCAGAGCAACCCCACCAGAGCGAGGGAAAGAAUAUUGAACAUCGAAAGAAUCUGCAACCUCCUCCGAAGGCUGGUGGUUCCAGAGUAUUCCAUCCACGGGCUGUUCUGUCUGAUGUUCAUGUGUGCAGGAGAGUGGGUAACUCUGGGCCUUAACAUCCCCCUGCUCCUCUAUCACCUCUGGAGGUUUUUCCACCGUCCUGCAGAUGGGUCUGAGGUUAUGUAUGAUCCAGUGAGUGUGAUGAAUGCAGACAUUCUGAAUUACUGCCAAAAGGAGUCCUGGUGCAAGCUAGGCUUCUAUCUUCUGUCCUUUUUCUACUAUCUGUACAGUAUGGUGUAUGCUUUGGUCAGCUUCUAAGUGAUCAAAUGAAGGACAGACGAUUACGAAAGAAAGGAGAAAAACGACAGAAUAAAGACCGAACUAUGUCGCGCUCUCCUCUCCCUCAUCCACAAACCUUGUUCAGCUCCUCCUCAGAUCUCCUGGGUGGGGAUGGAUGAUGGACAGAUGUAGAAAAAGCUCAAGACAAGGAGGCAUUUAAAGCCAUCGAUGUAAAGCUGCCUCAAUCACUGCCAUUAAAAAAACAAGUGGAGAGGUGGACCAAAAGAAAAUGAGUGCAUUAGACAGAGAGAAAUAUGGUGAACAAAAGGCUCAGGCAGUGUAGAAGUUUUGUAACACCAUUUCAUUUCUCAAGGGCUGCUGAAAAUUUCUGCUGCUCAUAGCAGUUCUUAGUGUC